UGGGAUUUAUCCCAGCCGGGAUUUGGGAUUUAUCCCUCUCCUAGGGAACACUGCGGGCUUUUCCGGGAUUUCCCGUUGGAGGUGAACAGGAGAGGCUGGAGACGGGAAAAGGCUCCUGGAACUUGGAUUUUCCUUUGGAUCCUGGGGAAAUCUGGGAUGCUCGGAAGUGCUGAUGGAUUUCAUGGAGUGUGGAGGGUUGGAGGAAUUUUGGAGGGAAUGGGAAAGGAGGGAAUGGGAAUGGGAGAUGAUCCCUGCUCAGGUUUCCUGGGAAAAAGGAAUCCCCAGGGAUGCUCCCAUGGGCCCCGUGAUUAUCCCAGGAAUUGGGCUUGGCAGCUCCAUGGAAAUUUGGGAUUUCAUGGAAUGCAGCUGAUCCCUGCGGGAUCCAACUUUGGGAUGUUCCAUGCUGGAAGCUCUCUGGAGCGAGGCUGGGAGAUCCCAAAAAGGGAUUGUUGGGAUUUAGGGAUCGCUCCGGAACCAUGGGAACGGCGGCGGAUGCGGAGUGGCUGCGCUGGGUGAGCAAAAAAUUUGGGAAUGUCGCUGGGAAGGAGAAGGAGAUCAGCCUGGAAGAGUUCAAAUCCGCCCUGCAGGUCAAGGAGUCCUUCUUUGCCGAGAGGUUUUUUGCGCUCUUCGAUUCCGACGGGAGCGGCUCCCUGAGCCGGGAGGAGCUGCUGGGAUCCCUGCGCCGGCUGCUCCGCGGGAAUUCCACGGAAAAGCUCCACUUCCUCUUCCAGGUGUACGACGUGGACGGGAGCGGCUCCAUCGAUGCCGAGGAGCUGCGGGUGGUGCUCCGGGGGUGUCUCCGGGAGAGCUCCCUGGCCCUUCCCGAGGAGCGGCUCGGGGCCCUGAGCCAGGCCCUGCUCCAGGCCCUCGACCGGGACCACAGCGGCUCCAUCACCUUCCCGGAGCUCCGGGAGCAGCUGGAAGCGUUUCCAGAACUCCUGGAGAACCUGAGCAUCAGUGCUGCCAGCUGGCUGAAGCCCCCCAGUCCCAGUCCUGCUGAGCCCUGGCUGUUCUGCUUUUCCCGGGAAUCCCGCGAGGAUCAGCGGGCCGGGAUGUGCUGCUUUGCCCGGGAAUCCCGCGAGGAUCAGCGGGCCGGGAUGUGCUGCUUUUCCCGGGAAUCCCGCGGGGAUCAGCGGGCCCGGCUGUGCUGCCUGGGGGGCUGGGUCGCCACCACGGCGCUCCUGCUCGCCCUGGGGGCUCUGUGGCACCGGGAGCGCGGCCCCGCCCUGGCGCUGGCCCGGGGCUGCGGGCAGAGCCUCAACCUCAACUGCGCCCUGCUGGCCGCGCUGAUGCUGCGGCGCUCUCUGACCUGGCUGCGCUCCACGCCGCUGGCGGAGCUGUUCCCGCUGGAGCUGCACGUGCGGGGCCACGAGCGCGUGGGACACCUGGUGCUGGCCCUGGGGACCGCGCACGCGGGGGCACACCUGGCACAGGCCGGCCUGGCACGGCGGGACUGGCUCGUGGCCCUGGGCGAGUACGUGCGGCGGGCGCGGCCGGGCGCUGGUGGCGUUGGUGGCACUGCCCCGCAGACCGGGCUGGCGCUGCUGGCGCUGCUCCUGGCCAUGCUCGCCUGCUCCAGCCCCUGCGUGCGGCGCGGCGGCCACUUCGAGGUGUUUUACUGGAGCCACCUCUCCUACAUCCCCGUGUGGUUCCUGCUGCUCCUGCACGGUCCCCACUUCUGGAAGUGGUUCCUGAUUCCCGGCUCCCUGUUUGUGCUGGAGAAGGUUCUGGGCUGGGUGUGGCGCCAGGCGGGCGAUCUGCACAUCCUGGAGGCCAAGCUGCUGCCCUCCAAGGUGACCCACCUGGUGAUCCAGAGGCCGAAAUCCUUCCGCUUCCAGCCGGGGGAUUACGUCUACCUGAACGUCCCGGCCAUCGCCGCCUACGAGUGGCACCCCUUCUCCAUCAGCAGCGCCCCGGAGCAGCCAGAAACCCUCUGGCUGCACAUCCGGGCGCGGGGCCAAUGGACCACCAAGCUCUACGAGUACUUCCAGCAGCUGGAAUUGCACGGCCCGGAGCCAAAUCCGCCCGGGAAGAGCCGCAGGGAGCGGAGGAGCCGGCACUGGGAACAGGAAGGAUCCGUGGCCUCUGGCAGGGAUGGAGCCGUCGAGCUGACAGCAUUCCAAGCCUCCGGAGCCGCUUUCCCGGGAAAGGACCCGGAGCAGGGGGGCACUGGGCCCGGGGAGAGCCAGCGGAGCUGCAGAGUCAAGUGCUUCCUGGACGGUCCCUACGGAACGCCGAGCCGGCGGAUCUUCACCUCGGAGCACGCCGUUCUCAUCGGAGCCGGCAUCGGGAUCACCCCCUUCGCCUCCAUCCUGCAGAGCAUCAUGUUCCGGUACCGGCGGCGGAAGCAGAGCUGCCCCAGCUGCCAUUUCUCCUGGAGCGAGGAACGGCGGGAUGAGGAGAUGACGCUCCGGAAGGUGGAUUUCAUCUGGAUCACACGGGACCAGCAGCACCUGCAGUGGUUCCUGGGCCUCCUGGCCAAGCUGGAGGCGGAGCAGGCGGAGCUGGAGCCGGGAGGGAAGUUCCUGGAGCUGCACCUGUACAUGACCUCGGCGCUGGGCAAGGGGGACGUGAAGGCGCUGGGGCUGCAGCUGGCGCUGGACCUGCUGGCGGCCCGGGAGCAGCGGGAUUCCAUCUCCGGGCUCCGCAGCCGCACCCAGCCCGGCCGCCCCGACUGGGACAAGGUGCUGGGGCGGGUGGCGGCGGAGCGGCGCGGGGAGGUGUCGGUGUUCUUGUGCGGCUCCGCGGGGCUGGCCCGGGCCCUCCGCCCGCGCUGCCGCCGCCUCGGCUUCCGCUUCUGCCGGGAGCGCUUCUGAGCCCGGCCCGGGAAUUCCUGCUGGGAUCCCUGCGGCCGGCAGCGGGGGUGGGGCUUUGGGAAUGCUUCCUUCGGACCGCAGGAGAAAAUCGGGAAAAGAUGGGAAUGUUUCCUUUGGAUGUCAGGAAUAAAUCGGGAAAAGAUGGGAAACUCUCCUUUGGAUCUGAGGAAUAAUUGAGGGAAAGAUGGGAAACUUUUGGAUCUGAGGAAUAAAUCAGGAAAAGACGGAAACUUUCCUUUGGAUGUCAGGAAUAAAUCAGGAAAAGAUGGGAAA